UUCACAACCAUGGAGAUAUCCUCUCUCUCUCUCUCUCUCUCUAAGUUUUUGCAUUAACCGUAAAAAGAAAUGGAGAGAAAAGCUUCGUUGUUCAAAAUCCAGCCUCCGACAUAUGGAAACCUCAUCACAAUCCUUAGCAUUGAUGGCGGAGGAGUCCGAGGAAUCAUUCCAGGGGUCAUGCUCGAUUACCUCGAAGCCCAACUUCAGGAGCUGGAUGGUGAAGAUGCGAGGCUUGCGCACUAUUUCGAUGUAAUAGCAGGAACAAGCACGGGAGGUCUCAUCACGGCCAUGUUGACUGCACCAGAUGCUCACAACUGUCCUCUCUUCGCUGCGAAAGACAUAGUCCCAUUUUACUUGGAGAAUUGUCCUAAAAUCUUCCCUCAAGGAUGUGGGAGUCUGGGAUCGAUCUUGAACACGCUGAAAUCUAUGAUGGGACCCAAGUACAAUGGAGUGUAUCUCCACGAAUUAAUAAGGAAGUUACUUGGAACCACGAGGUUGCACGAUAGCCUUACCGGCUUGGUUAUCCCAACCUUCGACAUCAAAAAGCUUGAACCAGUUUUAUUUUCAUCAUAUGAGGUGUCAACACAUUCAUUCUUGGACGCUCAAGUAUCUGACAUAUGCAUUGGCACAUCCGCUGCUCCGACAUACCUCCCCGCCCAUUAUUUCAAGAAAGAAGAUAAAGAUGGACGAGUCCAUGAAUUUAAUCUGAUUGAUGGUGGUAUGGUUGCCAACAAUCCGACAUUGGUCGCCAUCAGCGAAGUGACCAAGCAGCUCUUGAAGGAACACCCAGAUUUCUUGGACAUCAAACCGCCCAUGGACUACACUCGACUGUUGGUGAUUUCACUGGGGACAGGCUCGGACACGUCUGAGCUCAAGUACGACGCAAAGAAGGCUUCGAAGUGGGGGUUGCUCUCCUGGUUGUACGAGAACAACUCGAGCCCUUUGAUAGAUGUCUACACAAAAGCUAGUGCCGACAUUGUCGAUUACCACAACUGCGUGGUCUUCAGGGCCUACAAGUCUGAGGACAAUUACCUCCGCAUCAAUGAUGACACCCUCAAGGGAACUCUAUCUUCUGUGGACACAUCCACGAAGGAGAACUUGGAAGGUCUGGUGAAAGUUGGUGAGCACUUGCUGAAGAAGCCGGUCUCGCGAGUUAAUGUCGAGACCGGCCGCUACGAACCCAUCGAAAAUGCUGGCACCAACAAGGAAGCACUUAAAAGGUUCGCGAAACUACUGUCCGACGAGAAGAAACUCCGUGAGUCCAGAUGUCCGGAUUACGUGCAUGGGGAAUAGUUUGCUCAAUCAUACUCUUGCCACAUUUACUCGUGACUUGACGAUGUACAUCAUGCCUUGUUGAAUUGGAAUAAGUAUAGCCCUAAGUAUUUGCAAAUAAAGGGGCUAAAAUCUACAUUGUUUUUGUUUGA